AUGUAUUAUGUAAAUAAACAAAUAACUAAAAUAUUUGAACGUUUGCUUAAUUCACAUUGUAAAUAUAAUUCAAUUAAUAAUUUAAUAUCAUCAUCAAGAAAAUCUCGUAUUUUAUAUCGAAUUAAUCAAGAAAAACUUAAGAAAUAUCAUUCUCAAUAUAAUUCAAAAUAUAAUAAUGAACAUUUUAUAUCAAGAGAAAACACAAAUUUCUAUAUUGAAGAAAAAACAAAAAAUCCGAUAAUACCAACAAUAAAAAUCUUAUCGAAAAGAAUAAUUAGUCAAAAGACAAUAAGUACACAAACGGAAUUUAAUAAAAAAAUUGAUUUAUCCACAGACGUGAUUGAUCAAUCUGUAAAUACUUUAUCAAUUAUUCCCAAAAUAAGAAGUAAUUAUUACAAUGAAGAAGAUACUGCACCAGUAAAUUCCUUAUCAUCAUCAUUUUCCUCUUCGUCAUCUAGUACUAAUAAAACAACAAUAAGAAAUUCGAAUUCAUUGAGUACUCAAUUAGAUUUUUACAAUGAAUUAAAUAGAAAAACAACACAAAUGAAAUUUAAUUCGAACCAAAUUCAGAACUCUGAAUUUAAUAAUUAUCCGUUUAAACCGCAUUUAACAAAUUGUCGUGUUUUUAUUCGAUCGAUUGUUCGACAUAUGUUCAAUGAUGAGAUAUCUAAUGAUGAACGAAGAUGA